GACCAGUCCGAUAUUGAUUUCAGCGACGGAGGCUCAGGGGGUGAUGAUGAUCAUGGCCGUCGGGGUGAUGGCGGAAGUUGUGCCCCAGCCCGGAAUCCACCUGAAGGUCUCGCCAUCGUGGCGGUUGAUGAUGAAGAUGAGGGCCCUGCAGAACAUGGAGGGCAUGAUGGGGGCCGCGAUGGUUCAGAGGCUGGUCUGGAGCCUGUGGAUUUCAUCAAGGACUCAGACAGUGAACUGUGGAUGGGCGAGGUUAUCCCAGGGUCUGGUGUUGUGGAUGAUGGAGAGCACUCGUGUGCCAUCAAGGAGGAGUGCGAGAAGGCGGACACUUCCCACAAUGGUGCGCUGGCGGAGUGCGAAGCAGAGCCUAGCUCCUCUGCAAG